CGAUUGACAAGACCGUGUAGUAUUGGAUAGUGUAGCCUCGUUCCUACAAAGGAUCAUUCCACAGGGCUUGAGCCAGGGCCAGGCUUUUACGCAACAAGUCUCAGCUUAGGCUACUUCUUGUGUCCUACUGUUUGCUGGCACCAUGGCGCUGCUCGCGGCCAAGACGACGAGCCCUAGCGUGACGACUCGCCGCAGCGUCACCGGGCUGCCUUCUGUGUCGGGUUUCCGCGCGUCUCGGCCCACUCGCAAGCAUGGCAUUUACGUUCGCGCUAUGGCAGCUGCAACCGCUGAGGAGGCCGAGCUGAGGAAGCAGCUGACGAAUCUGGACCGCGUGACCAUUCUGUCGGAGGCGCUGCCCUACCUCCAAAAGUUCCGCGGCAAGACCGUCGUGGUCAAGUAUGGCGGAGCGGCGAUGAAGGACCCCACGCUCAAGGCGGGCGUGAUUAGCGACCUGGUGCUGCUGUCGUGCGUGGGUAUACGGUGCGUGCUGGUGCACGGCGGCGGCCCUGAAAUCAACUCUUGGCUGGCCAAGGUCGGCAUCGAGGCAGUGUUCAAGAACGGCCUGCGUGUUACCGAUGCCGCGACCAUGGAGAUCGUGGAGAUGGUGCUGGGCGGCCGCGUGAACAAGUCGCUGGUGUCGCUCAUCCAACAGGCGGGCGGCAAGGCAGUGGGCCUCACCGGCAAGGACGGCCAGCUGCUGCGGGCGCGUCAGAUGGUGGAGCUGGACAUUGGGUACGUGGGCGAGGUGACCAAGGUGGACCCCACCAUCCUCAACGUGCUGGUGGAGGACGAGUACAUCCCCGUGGUUGCCACCAUCGCCACCGACUACUCGGGGCAGGCGCUCAACAUCAACGCCGACACCGCCGCCGGCGAGAUUGCGGCGGCGCUGAAGGCUGAGAAGCUGGUGCUGAUGACGGACGUGCCGGGCGUGCUGCGUGACAAGAACGACAUCGGCACUAAGAUCCAGGCGCUGGACAUCCGCUCCUGCCGCGAGCUGAUUCAGGACGGCGUCAUUGCUGGUGGCAUGAUUCCCAAGAUUGAGUGCUGCAUCCGCUGCCUGUCGCAAGGUGUCAAGGCCGCGCACAUCAUUGACGGCCGCGCCAGCCACUCCAUUCUCAUGGAGCUGCUGACGGACGAGGGCGUGGGCACCAUGAUCACCGGCUAGAUUAGACAUGUGCUAAUUUGGUUGUGGGCGGCUUGGCACACCGAGACAAUGGGAGGGUUGUCGGGGAUCGGUGGUGGUGACACGUGAGCAUGGGAUUGCCGUGAAGCCUGGGCCCAGCACCCCUGGGGCAGAGCCUGCCGCGCGCCUGGAAGGGUCCAGCAAGGGCUGCCCUUUAUGGCUCGUCUGUGCGGAGGACCAGGAGGCUAGGAUGCCUUCAGUCGCAUCGCUUGGGAGCGCCAGCCACGCGACGUCAGGCUUGGUCAGGCGGUGGGCCCUCGUCAGGGGCACCCCUGGCCCUCGUGAACAGGGAUGCCCCUGUUCGCGAAAGCGAAACGGCGCAGCGGAAGAAGCAUUUGCAGCUUGCAGGUGCGGUGGCAUAGUUGUCCGUGGUGAUCGCGACACUGGAACAUGGUGUUGUUGUGAUGCUAAGGUGCGAAGCGCGGGGGUUACGGCGGGUCACGGACGUGCGCCAGCCCGCAUCAUUGCACCCGGGAAGCCUACGUUUCCGGAUAACUUAUUGUGAUGGUUGGUUUUUAACGUUUCAUUUGUUCCAAUAGUAUAUCACGAGCAAGCACGCAAGACUGCCGAGAUGUCUGAAACUAGCACUCAGCCGGUUUGUUGCCUUCAUGGCCAUUUACAAAUACCUCUCUGGAUGUCCACUUGAUCGUGUGUGAAUUCGAAAGCCUGCUGGGCGAGGCGAGAAGCACAGGCGUCAGAGGCGGGCUUGCUUGGCCCGGCCUCGCUGUUUCAGCCUAGAUGGAGGCCAUCGAAAGCUUUAGGGCAAGCAUACAGCGGAUACUGGACCGCGAAUUGCUGGUGAGUCGCUACGCAGCGUUCGGGGCCGUCGCCACGCCCUGCUUGUUGUGCAGUGUUGACAGAGAGACAUAUUGGAUGCAUAGCAGCUAUGCUUAAUAUUGAUUCUCGCUGCGGUAGGCUGGGUGCUUGCAAGUCGAAUAGGCAAUCUGGCCUCCUCGUCGCAGUCACAACGACGCUUUGUCCACUCUCUGGGUGUUGGAAGUAGUUCAUGGUAGUAGGAGCAUCAAGCCGCAACGGGUGUCGGGUUAAGAGCUUGGACCGCGCUCGGGUUUGCGGGGUGAAGCCGAGCGUGCACGCGUGGUCGUCUGGC